UUGUCCAAGGAUACAACACUGUGACGUGACUCGAACCCGCAACCCUUCGGUCAUGAUCCCGGCGUCCUACCACUAAACCACUGUGCCUCUAAACGACUUUUUCUCCUUAACUGCUUAUUGGAAUUUGACUAAAUUUGACUAGGAGCAUUCAUAGGUGGUGGAGAUUCAAAAUUGUACAAAUGGAGGGGCUGACACGCCCCCCCCCCUCAGGGGGCUAAGGGGCAUGUCCAAAAAGGGGUUAUUUGGCCAUAUGUUGGAUAUCAACCAAUUGAAGUAUUAACAGGUAGUGAUGAUUCAAAAUUGUACCAAUUUAAGGGCUGACCCCUAGGUCUGAGGGGCAGGACCAAACAUUUUUUUUUAACUUAGAUAUUAUGGAGAUCCCAAACUUAUAAGCAGGUAUACAAUUGCUAGCUGGGCAUCAAGAAACGAAUACAAUUAUGAUAUAAGAAUUCCCACUGGGGUCUGGCCCCACCCCUAAGGCCUUAAUUCCUGAGCCAUAACUUAAUGAAACAGUUGAGAUCCCAACCCUAUAACCAUAUAUACUAUUGCUGGGCAUAACGAGACAGACACAAUUAUGAUAUUAGGAUUGACUGUUGGAACUGGCCCCACCCCUAGGGACUUAACUUCUGUGCCAUAACUUUAAAACUGUUGAGAUCCCCACCCCAUAACCAUAUAUACGUGUGAUGGGCGUCAAGAAACGAACACAAUUAUGAUAUUAUUAUUGACUCUGGGGUUCUGCCCUACCCCUAGGGACUAAAUUGUUGCAUCAUAACUUUGAGACAUUUGUGAUACCCACCCCAUAACCAUAUAUACCAUUGCUUGGCAUUAAGAAAAAAAUACAAUAUCAUAUAUUAGAGUGGUCCCUGGGAUCUGGCUUCACCCUUAGGGACUUUAUUCUUCAUAACUUUGAAAUGAUUGAGAUCCCCACCCAUAGCUAUUUAUACCAUAGCUAAUGGCAUAAAGAUCCAGGUGAGCAAUACAGGCCCUUUCGGUAUCUUGUUUAAUGUUAUUAGUACCCCACCAGUUCCUGGGGGGACUAUAGGUUUGCAGUCCAUCCAUUUGUCCAUCCUUCCAUUUUUCCGUCCUUCUGUCCGAGAAGUUUGCGCAGGACAUUUCUUCUAUAGUAUUUCAUACAAGGCCAUCUUGGGAAUUCGGUCACUGUGACAUAUGACUUGACCUUUGACCUUAACUUUUGAAAAAGUUUGUCCAGGGCAUAUCUUGUGUACUAUUUCACCUUGAGUAGCCAGAUUUUGAGUACAAGGACAUCUUGGGAUGGUAGAGUGCAAGAAGUAUGUAUCGGGAUACUUUCUUAACAGUAUAGUUACAUCCUGACAUAAGUGUAUUGUUUGAUAAAUAUAGAAAUCAUUACCGGUGGGGGACUAUGGAUUGCCUUGUUUACAAAAGAAGGCAGUUAGAUAAUUUUGUGAACUUUAUUAAUACAAAACAAAUUUCUGCGAUAACAAUUUGAUGAAAAUAAAAUAAUCUUUAUAAUGAUUUUUAGCUCACCUGGUCCAAAAGACCAUGGUGAGCUAAAAUACCCUACUGCAGCAUCCGUGAUCUGUCAACUUUUCCUUUAAAAACGCUACAUGUCCUGAACAGCUUAAUGGAUUUUGACUAAAAUUGGCCUGGAGCAUUCUUGGGCAAACGGGACUACAUUUUAUAUAAAUGGAGGAGCAGGGCCCAAAUAGGGGAAUUUGAGUUUUAAAUAUUUAAAAUCCAUUUGCUUUCCUUGUGAGGAAAUCGGUAAAAAUAUCACGAACAAUGACACCGGGAACAUCAUCAGACUGGACAAGAAAACCAAUAUGUGCUGCAUGGACCAAAUUGGAAAUCUGAAGAAGUUAUUCUUACUGAUCAUCAAUGAGUACUACAGGAUUGCUGUGUAUGGCCUAACGCCAAACGGCCAAGAUGCGGGAUCAAAACACUCGAAAGAAAAACUCGAAGCUGUUGGAGCGGUUGCCGGACAUAUUGGAUUUGAGGCAACAUCUACGGCUGAAACGCUUAAUUUUUGGAAGCAGAGGAAAGACGCGGCUCAUAUGUUUCUUGACAACAGACGUCUGAAAAGUUCCAAUGAAACAGUUCCAAGAAUUCCAUGGGAUGGAAAGGAUUAUCACAACUUAUCGAUGGCCAAUAAUCUAGUGGUAUAUCACCCAGAAAAACGAAGUAUCCAAGUCACUGAUCCCGGUCUGUACUUCAUCUACUCCUCGAUCACCUUCCAGGCACCACAUACCGAUCUGAAUGCGCAGGUAUACCAUAUUCUAUUACGGGAGCACUACCUGCUGCCAAAAACAGGGGCAACCAUCAUGAUGAUAAAUAAAUACGGUGGUGGAGAUCAAUCAAGUGGCUUCUACACAAGUUUCUUAUGCGGCGCGUUCAGAUUACGUGCGGGUGAUGAAGUAUUUGUCAAAGUCUCCAACACCUCCUUCGUGUACAACUCCUAUUAUUCUAACUAUCUUGGUCUAUAUAGGUUCUAAAUAUACUAUAAACACACAACUGCACAAUUCUACUAACUUUUCACUUAUUAUUAAGUUAAAGGUUGUCCGACUAAGUGAAUGCUACAGUAUCUAUUUCCCUGGGUGAGGGGGAGGGGGGUAAAUACGGCUAACUUUGGUCAUAUAGUUUUAAGUGUUUGUUCCUCUGGAACUGUAUGAGUCCACGGGUGGUAGGAUUUAAACUUGUAUAAAAUAGAUCGUAUAUCUGAUUGCUUGUCAUGAAAUAAAACCAAAAUAUAACAGGACUGGGUCCACUUGUAUAAAACAUCUCAAAGUGAAGGAAAAUAUCAAGCAAUGUAUUGUCUAUGGGAAAUCUUAGACUUGAGGAAAUCUCAAGAGUUUUAUACAAGUGGGCCCUGGUACUAGAAUAUUCCACUGAGGACUCGGCCCCUUGGCCAUAACAUAGAAUAAUUGUGAUCCCCUUCCUAUUUUGAUAUAAACAAUGGUGUGUCACGAGGAAAACACUCAUAAUACCUUGAAUUUCCAUAUGGUCAUUGAAUCAUAACCUUAAAAUAAAACUGAUUUGGGGUCUGGUGUUGCCCUUGUAGUUUCUUGGUCAAACUAAGUAAAUGCUUGAAAUCCUACCCUAUAACCAGAUAUGUAUACCAUUCCUGGGCAUAUCAACCAUCUUAAAACCAUUUAUUCGCUAGCUGGACAUGACGAGACGAAUUCUACUAAUACUACCAUACAUGUUUCCAAGAUUAGAAAAGGGUUCGGGUUUUGCCCCUGCAGUUCCAUCGGCGAUACUUCUUUUCUUGUAAAUAAGUUGCCAUGAUUACUUGGGUAUCCAGUAAGCGAAUAGCCCCCCUCGGGAUGUCUAGUUGUGUUUUCCGUUUGAUGCUUUUUCAUAGCAUACGCUGAAUUACAUUUAUGCAACAGCAUAUAUAUUUUGAUGUUGACAACUGCAUCAUCCUUUUUGAUUUUAAUAAAAAUUAGAACUAAACAACUUAUAGCCAAAAAAUAUCAACCAAUUAAACUGUACAUCACUGUGGGAACAUAAGAUGUGCUAAGAUAAUGAUGCAUUCAAUAGGAUGUCAGAUUCAUUACAUUAUACCUUUGUCUCAUUAUAAAUUCAGGCACCUGUCGAUAUCUUUUAUGUAUUAUGAUAUGUCUCUUCCCAAGCUUACUGUAACAAAGGUAUCGGAGGUAUGGUAAUAUUCAAAAUGACGUUUUGCGUUAUUCAUGUGAUUGAUUCGAGGCACAUAAUGAAUAUACUCGAGUUUAUUACAACCCACACAAAAGCACGACCAGUAAAGUUUUUAUUAUAUUUUUCAUUUCUUAAUUGUUUGUUGUUGUUUUGGUGGGAGG